CCUCCGAUGUUUGGCGAUGAAAAGCACGUGCGCUUCCGUCAACCAACUCUCUCUCUCCGUAGAUAAGAGCCCCUCUCUGUUCUCUCUCUAGUUUCUACAGAUUAUGAUGAUCCUCGCUGCCUCUUCUUGCAGACUUUUCAAAACCACCAACACAGCUAGGGUUUCAUCUCCAUCUCCAAGAGUUGCUUUGACUUCGUUUUCCUUGGCUAUUAAAGCGAGUGCUCGGAGGUUUCGGUGUGUAGUGUACUGUGCUUCGAAGGAGAGAGGAAUGGCGGAAAUGGUGGAGGAGAAAAAGGAAACUACGGUGGAGGCGGCGGUUGCUUCGAGCUCGGCUUCUGAGACGAGCGAGCUUGGUCACUCUCGUACAUUCCUCGAUGCCCGCACUGAUCAAGAUCUGCUUUUGGGAAUCAGAAAAGAAAUGGAAGCUGGAAGGUUGCCUUUAAAUGUUGCUCAGGGAAUGGAGGAGUUGUACCAGAAUUAUCGAAAUGCCGUUUUUCAGAGCGGAAAUCCCAAGGCGGAAGAGCUUGUUUUGUCUAACAUGGCUGUUUUAUUGGAUCGUAUUUUCAUGGACGUUAAGGACCCAUUUGUUUUCUUGCCAUAUCACAAGGCCAUUCGAGAACCUUUCGAUUACUACAUGUUUGUUCAGAGCUAUAUCCGUCCUUUGAUUGAUUUCAGGGAUUCAUAUGUUGGCAACAUCUCCCUUUUCUAUGAAAUGGAAGAGAAGCUUGAGCAGGGAGACAACAUUGUUCUGAUGUCAAACCAUCAAAGUGAAGCAGAUCCAGCUGUUAUUCCUUUGCUGCUUGAAACAACAAAUCCAAACAUUGCUGAGAAUUUGACCUAUGUGGCUGGAGAUAGAGUUAUAACAGAUCCUCUUUGCAAGCCUUUCAGCAUGGGAAGGAAUCUCUUAUGUGUGUAUUCCAAAAAGCAUAUGAAUGACGUUCCAGAACUUGCUGAGAUGAAGAGAAAAGCAAAUACAAGAAGUUUAAAGGAAAUGGCAUUGCUCCUGAGGGAGGGAUCAAAUAUAAUAUGGAUUGCACCAAGUGGUGGAAGGGAUCGCCCAGACCCUGUCACAAAAGAAUGGUAUCCGGCACCUUUUGAUUCUUCUUCGGUGGACAAUAUGAGAAGGCUUACAGAGCAUGCUGGUGUUCCUGGUCAUAUAUAUCCCUUCGCAAUAUUGUGCUAUGACAUUAUGCCCCCUCCACCCCAGGUAUGUUCUUUCUACUGAUUGACUUCAUUUAUUUCUUUUCUCACAACAAAAUCGAUCUUCACAGGUAGAAAAAGAAAUAGGAGAGAAACGAGUGAUGUCCUUUCACGGGACUGGAAUAUCAGUGGCACCCAAAAUCAGUUUCGAUGAAAUCGCUGCUGCUUGUGGCAACACUGAAGAGGCUAAGGUAGCAUAUACACAGGCUCUGUUUGAUUCUGUCAACCAGCAAUACACCGUGCUAAACUCCGCCAUACAUGGCAGAAAAGGUCUAAAGGCAUCUACUCCAACUGUCUCCUUGUCACAAUCAUGGCUCUAGUGAACUAAUUGUACCUUUUCCAUACCCUGCUACUUUGUAAUCAGAUCCAGUUGACCUGCUUCCCGCUCUCGUUUUCAAAACCUGGAAGCAUAGAAGUCACACACUUGGAUCAAUGGAAGAGCUAAAGAGCUGGAAUUUGGCAUGAUAUAUAUUGCAGACAAAUCUUUUGACACGACUGUAUAGCUCCUCGACUUGAAGUCCGUUUUACCAUUCAAUCUAAAGAAUGUAUAGAAAGGCUUGAUGCUUUCUGCUCAUAUUGCUACUUAACAGUGAGGUGUGCCUCUUUCAUUAAGGUUUUACCGUACUCACUUUUUGACAAAGAUGAAUCCACCAGAAGUCGGGGUUUUUCCAAAGAUUUAUCUGAGGUAAGCUCUGUACAGUUUUUUUCUUAGUUUCUAUGAAUAGUCAAUCUAGUCAUAAAUAAGCAAUCUACAUGUAAAUUGUAUCAAUUUUUGUUUUCAAGAUUUUCUUUUCUUUUCUUUUUUGAAUAUGAAUAUUCUCUAACUUGUUUUAUUUUAUUUUAUUUUCUCUUUUGUGAAAAGCUU